CUCCUGCUAAGAAGCCUGAUUCUUCAAGAAUGCUAAAAAAAUAAACAAUUGACAUAAUAUUUCGGUCCUUUUUGUUAUUCCUAUCAUCUUCACCGCACAGCUUUUCCCUUUUUUCUCUCUUUUUUAUAUUUUGUUUUAUACCUCGUCUAAACAAAUGACUUCGACCAUACAGUCCCCGUCUUCAGCUCAACGUUGCUCAGUUAUAAAUGCUCAUCAAGAGAAUGCAGCCCUUUCCAAGGUCAAUCUGAACGACAAGUCCCGACAUUCGUUUCGAGGCUCAGAGGAUCUGCGAAAGUUCAUAUCAUCAGCCUCUGUUACAGAUGGCGGUAGUCGUAAUAGCACGAACAACAUGGUGCGGUUAGUUGCCCAGGAGGGGGAUGAGCAACAAGAAGCUGUAAAAGCCAUGACACCCAGUCACCUCUUCAGCAAUAGCAGCACCAGCAUCCAUAUCGAUGACCACGAUGAUCGUUUCGAUGUCUCCCUCGAGCUCCCAAUGCUCGACAGUUCUACGACACUCAUAUGGGACUCGGCCCGAUCUGGUGACUUGUCAGCAUUGCAAUAUGCCAUUGAAAGCAGCAAAGGCAGCCGCGCGCAGCUGGUCAAUGCACGCGACCCCGAAACUGAGUGCACCCUUCUUUACACUGUUGUAUCCUCACCAAAUGUCAAAGACCCAGUACCCAUGAUGGAGCUUUUACUUGACCACGGCGCAGAUGCUACUUCCCAGAACGUGUACAAUGUACAAGCGAUCCAUGCUGUGGCAUUGCACUGCCCUGCACCGCGCGCCUCGAUCGAAUUAUUACUCAAGCACGAAGUGGAUCCUAAUGCUCGUGAUGGUGAUGGCUGGACACCCAUGCACUAUGUGGCACGGUUCUGUAAAGACCCACAGGAAAUCAUUCAGCUUCUGGAUCGCUAUGGCGCCAACGUCAAUGCAGUUGAUGUCACACAAAAAUCGCCAUUGUUCCCGCUCCUAGCCAACGGAGAUCACGCAAGCGCAUUAGAUUGGCUCAUCCACUCAGCCAAGGCCGACGUUGGCAUAAGAGGCGAAUUCUUGGAUCAACAAACACGACGCACCAACCCUGGUACCGUCCUUUUACAAGCAGCCAAAUACGCUCGUCGCCAAUGCUUGGCGGUACUCACCAACUCAGCCGUUGCCAUGGAAACACUCAAGGUUGCCAUAACACAAGAAGAGCUUAACCAGGCAACGCUAUUGUUACGUCAACAACUGGACAAAGCCCAAUCAGAUGGUAGCAGUACGAACAACGGAAGCAGUAGGAGCAGCAGCAGCCACAAUGAAAAAUUAGAAGAAAAUUUGGAUGUUAUGCUUACGAUGCUGGAAGAGUUGAGGCGAACACUUGAAGAAGAUAAGACUUCGACGCUGGCAGCUGAAAUUCAUAUGGAGUGUACGGGACAACAAUUGGCAGCACGUCGACAAUCGCUUCUGGGCAGUCUUCGUCGCAAGUCGCGUCAGCAGCAGCAAAUUAUUCAACAGCAGAUGUUCCAGUCACCACAAAUACAGCGGCCACCUAUAGCAAAGACGAGGACUCUGUCGCCGCGGCUGUUACAAGACUUUGCAUCGUUCUCCACAGCAUCAUUAGGUUCACUAUCUUCUCAAACAGACAAAGAAAAUGACGAAGCAUCGAACGUGAAGCGACGAACAAGUCUACUCAGGCGCGUUGGAAACAUGUUGAUGCGUCAGAAGGAAACGGCAGCAAUAUCACAGCAGCACCAAGUUGCGUAAUAGAAUAGCCCUUGAAAACCAUUAUGUAUGCUAUUACUUAGAACAGCUAAAUGGUUCGAAAAAAAGAACAAAAAGGGAAAACCCAUGCGAUAAUCAAAAUUGACAAAAUUACAUU